AUUAAAGGGCUUCAUCAUCAGUUUCAUCCUUACCAGCCGUGCAAGCCCAACCACAGAAUUUCAUUCAUUAGUUAAACUGAAUUAUAUUUGUCCAAGGACUUUUUAAAGAAAUCGUAAGGUUUUAGACGUCAAGGAUGGCUCACCUGGUGGUGGUCCAUCAUGCUGUUCUGGCCUUGCUCCUAUCUUGUUCCACAUCCACGGCCUUUUUUGACUGGAUAAAGCGGCCUGCAGCUCCAUCUCCCUCUCCACCACCAGCUCCCGUACAACCUGGGGGAGAUGCACCCCCCUUCGAGAUGAUGGUAUCAGAUGAAAAAUUCCUUGUUGAGGCCAAGCAGAUGGAACUUAGUCCCCUGGACAGCUGCCAUUACAUGGUGGUUGCUCAGUUGAAGUCGACCUGUGGUAGCCUAUCAGAGGAGCAGCUGGCUAAACUGGGGGUGGUCCUUUUCAACUGUCAGGCAGAGGUGGAGGGGCGCAGGACCUAUCCUUGCACAGACGAAAUGUCUUUGAGACAGUGCACAGCAGACAUGGACUCGGACACAUGGAAUGCGUACCACAUCGUCAGCAACCGAGCGCGCGCCGUGUGCUACGCCACCCGCCAGCAGCACUUCCGUCGCAGGGCUGAGCUCACGGUCAACGCUCUCAUCUCCACAGCAAUCAGCCAACUCGAUGCCAUGAAAGACUUGAAGGAGGGGCAGUUGGAGCUAAGGGACCUGACUGCAGCCUCCCUGGAGAAGCUGCUGCAGGGCCACAGCGCCCUUCAGGCCCAGCAAGGGGCCUUGUGGCUGGGGCAGGAGCAGCUGGAGAGCUCCCUGAGCUCCAACCUGGAGCGGUUGGGCCAGGAGAAGGCCCUCAUUGCCUCUGGACAGGAGCUGGUAGCUCAGCUCAUCAAGGGCAUCACACAGAGGAUGGAAAACGUAAGUGAGCAGAUGAAAGGUCAAGGCUCAGAGGUGCAGGAGGGUCACAAGGCCAUUUUGGAUGACCUCGCAGAGGUCAGAGGGCGAGCACAGGAUAUCUAUAGUAAAAUAGAGAGCAGCAUGUCUGGGUUCCUGCUGUACCAGAACCAGACGGCCAGGUACUAUGCAGACCUCAUGGGCAAACUGGAGCGCAUGAACGGCACGUUGGGAGCCAUGCUACAUUACCUAGACAACAUGCACACCCGCCUGGAGGACCGACUCCAUGCCAUCCAGGACUACCUUGGCUGGGCAGGUCUGAGCUUGGCAGCGCUGUGGACUUGUGUGAUGCAUGCUGGGUAUUUCCUGCUCUGCGCAGUCCUGCUGACGUUUCUUCACUGUCCGUGUUUCACGCGGGCCAUGCUGCUGCUCACUGUGCCCCUCAACGCUGUGGCUGAGAUCAACCGGCAGCCUUCCCUGGACCUCAUGGGCCUCAGCCUGCUACUGGUCACGCUGUCACUAGGUCAUUGGUUUGUGACACAGUUGUCGAGGGCUUGUUCUUGGAUUGGAGGAAAGCAAACGAGUUUGCCCCUUCCACCUGCGUGUAAAAUCCUGGAACCAGAGAAGCAGAUUGAGUCCCCUCAGUCUCACUAUCAGAAAGGCCCAUCCUGCUCCACCCCUCAGAAAGAUGAGUUGGAUGGGGUCAUGGAGCCAGAAGACUUCCUAGAUCAGGAGAGCUACAUGGGUGUGCCGUAUAGCGGCCAGCAGAUGGCAGAGGCCAGCUUUGAACCGGUUAUGGCUGCACCCAACCAAUCCACACCUUGUGUCAUGGUUCGGCCAAGCUUUUCUGCGGCUGUCCUAGAAAGUCUUCCUCACAGGAAUCUGGGUGGGGGUUUUGAGGCAGUGUAUGGAUCCCGCAGUUCCAGCCCCAACCAAUCCUUGGCCAGCAACGGGUCCUUGUCUUGUCGCCAGCUGUGUAACGGCACCACCAGAACAGGGAAGCCGUGUAAAAAAAGGGCAGUUCUGGGGCAGGACUACUGUCGUGUCCAUGACGGAGGCUACACGUCCUAUAUCCACCCUUGACUGAUGUCAACCGAACACCUCCAAGAUUUGUACCCUUUUUAUAAUUGAACCGUUUGAGUAUUUUAAAGCUUUGAUUUUACAUGUCAAUUUCUGCUUACAUGUGUGGGUAGUGUGUGCAUUAGGUAGAUAUGUAGUCGUUUUUCUUGGUGUUGUAAGAUAUUUGCAUUUUUAGUAAAUUAUUAAGUGUCAGUCAUUUGAACCCACAUAUGUGAAUAAGUUACAUUAAGCUUAAAAUCAGGCUAUUUGUUUGAAUAACAUUAUAAUAAAGUGUUUUUUAUUUAUUAGACAUAUAUACAAGCGAAGUUAUUCUUGAAUUAAGUUCCUGCAGGUUUCAGUAUGUGAAAUUUAAGACCAUAAAGAUUGAAAUUUUAGGAUGCUGAAAAGUGACUUGAAAAUGAGUUAAGUUCAUCGCACCACAGAAGAAUGUUCUAACUACACAUCCAAAUUCUAAUGGAAAAAAACCAUGUUAAAUUAGGCUUUGAAAUCUUGAGAAAAUCAGCAGGUUUGAAUCGCAAUUUGAUUAAAAAUAGAAAACAUUUGUGAAUCGUGAUCCCAAGAAUCUAAUUGUCAGGUACUAAAAGAUUCCCACCCCUAAAAGAAGGUAAGCUGUACAUUUCUGUUUAAUAUUUAUCCAUGUUGCAGAAAUAAAUGUCCAUUCAAGAAAAAUCUACUUAUCGUGUCUACUGCCAAACACUGUACCCCUGGUUCAAAUCUCGCUCAAACCAAUUGAUAAUUCAUUUAACUGACAUCAGUUAAAUGAAUUGUUAUUUCCAAGUAUAUAGAAGGGGGACUUCACCUUUACAGUUGCAUAAAUAUGGUCACUCUCCUCUCCACCAAACAAUUGUUAAUUUCAGGAAGAUUCUCUAGUUUGGUUAAAAAAACGGAGUGCGAAUUAUACUCAAUACUUUUUUUGCUACUUUGUAAUAACUUUCUGUGACCAGUGCUUCUGGAAAUAAACGAGGGUUAAACAUUUUUUUUAGACCUGACUAAAUUAAAUUUAAGACCUCGGAUGAAAAUCUGGCCGUUUAAGACGUUUUG